UUGUUCUUUUACUCACUUCUCUCUCUUGCCAUAUUUCUCUCCUGUAGAGAGAGGGAAAUUGAAUUUAACGAAAAUGAAGCAUCAAAAAGCUGCGAUCUUUGUUUCUUUGAUCUGCAUUGUUAUUGCCGGCGUCGGAGGCCAAUCUCCGACUAAUCCUCCGACUACCACCCCUGCUCCACCAACUACCACUACUCCUCCCCCAGCUUCAGCUCCUCCUCCAGUAACACAAUCUCCACCUCCCGCUACUCCUCCCCCAGUUUCAACUCCACCACCGGCUACUCCCCCUCCUGUAAGCUCUCCACCACCUGCAUCUCCUCCCCCUGCUACUCCACCUCCAGCCACUCCUCCACCAGCAUCUCCUCCCCCAGCCACUCCUCCACCAGCAUCUCCUCCUCCCGCUACUCCACCUCCAGCUUCUCCUCCACCGGCUACUCCACCACCAGCAUCUCCUCCGCCUGCUACACCACCACCAGCAACUCCUCCUCCUGCUACACCACCACCGGCUCCUCUCGCUCCUUCACCUGCUCAGGUUCCAGCUCCUGCUCCAAGCAAGAAGAAGUUGAAGGCUCCAGCUCCAUCUCCCUUGGCGCCGAGUCCACCAGCUCCACCCACGGGGGCUCCCGCACCCAGUUUGGGUUCAAUCUCUCCAGGACCAGCUGGCACAGAUGUGAGUGGAGUAGAAAGGCUGUUGUCAAUGCAGAAGAUGGGCGGCAUGUUGGUCUUUGGAUGGAGUGUUUUCUGGUGGCUACUUUAGACUUAUCUCUCAGCUUCUUUAUUUUUUUUUUUAAAUUUGAACAUGUUGUUACAUUCUGGCUAUAUAUAUUAUAUAGUAGUGGCUGCCAUUUUAGCCUCUGUUCGGUGAUGAGAUUACCUUUCAUUGUCUGUAUUUGAUUUCGAGCUUAUAUAUAUACAUUCGGUUGCAUUCUUUGGGGACAGCUUUUGUAUUUGGAGGGGAGGGAUUGAUGGAGAAGACUUGUUUUGUAUCUGGGUUUGAUCUCACGACUUACAGAGGUGAAGUUCACUGGUUGUCUUCCUGCUUAUUGAUCGAUUAUUCUUCAUUUCUUUUA